UAUUACGUAGUGUAUAUUAAUUUCUUGAGAGAAGUCAAUGAGAUUUUUUCCAAAGCAUCUGGGAGUUUGCCGGCACUGGCAAUCCAAGCGGUCGCCGCAUAUACGGUUACGAUUACCACAAUGCCGCCGCAGCAGUCCAUGCAUGGUGAUGUCAUAAGCACAAAGCAACAACCACCGUAG